AUGAUACCUAAGCUAGCUACUAAUCUCUUGCACCUCAACGUGCAGCGAGCAGCAGCGGCUGUUCAGAACGGUGCUCUCAGGAGCUUACAAACUACUCAUCAUGGCGGUUCUCUCAACUGGGCCGGUGCUGGUUCUUCGAGCUCGGGAUGGGGCAGUACCGGCGGGGCCAAAUACAGUGGGAAGAUAUAUCAGGGAUACACAGGUGCUGGUCGGGCGAUCACCCACGCAAACGCUGGUCCCGAUGAGACUGAAGAUGCUCGUAUGAUGUCCCUCCAGCGCAGGGGAAUCACACCCCGCAGGGGCGGGCUGCAUCGCUGGCUCCCUCUUCUGCAGAUAUGCGCAUGCUCAACACUUUAUCGCUCGUUCCCAACGUCCAGACGGCUCGCGCCAAAACUCCACUGUUGCUCGCGAGCUCCCCCCAGAGCUCGAUCUUGCCGCCCAGGACGUGGACAUUCCUCCAUCCGCACCGGACUCCGCAAACGGAGCAAGUCCCUCUCGGCACUUCCCGAAAUGCAUGCAAGAGCGACAAGACAAGAAGUUGAAGGCGAGGGCGAGGGCGUCGAUGCCAAUAUGCGCGACUACGAUAGCUGGAGCAUUCUUCAUAAUUCCGAGGAUGCCGCGCAGAUACGUGCUGAGAUCCACAGGGUCCGUACUCAGGUCUAUCCCUUCGAUCUUCGAUCUCGAAAUCAGGAGAAGCCCCAAGGUAAAGGAAAGGCUCCCAUCCGUCGUGCACCUCAACCUAGUACCGCCUGGUUCAACGGCGCUCUCAAUGCUCUCUACCGCACAAGAAUUCCUGGUCAACCCGUUACCGAUGUCGUACGGCUAUACAAUGAUAUGCUUGCUCGUGGGGUACUUCCCGAUGCCAACACCUAUGCUAUUGUUAUCGCGGUUCUUUGCGAACGUGACUGGGAAGUCGUUCGUGCCCUUCAAGCUCUCGAUACCGAACGUAUUCGGGCCAGCAUCACAGUCGACGCCGAUCUCAAUCCCCCGGUACUCCCACUUAGUUCAUCGGAAAUUUUGACUUCGCCAGCACUUCAGGAGGCUUUGCCCCAUCACGCCGAGACCAUCCGGUUAUUGCGAGGAGAAAUCCACCUUCCUGCCGCCCUAGCUUUGUUCCACGCAGCGGCCAUCUUCCGGGGGUUCGCAAGGAACCUACCCUUCGCAACCUUUGCUAGGCUCCUGCGCGCAUGUGCUGCUCGAGGAGAACGCGGCGGUGCCGUUCGGGUCUGGGAAGUCCUGGAGAAACGCGAUACGCCCCACGGACCAAGUAAAGCCCAUUAUGUCCCCGCCGUCUUCCGGCAUUUAAUUGCAACCUACACAUCUGCGCGUGAUGUUGGUGGUGCGGAAGAAGUCUUCACGGAAUGGAUCAAGGCCGCUUCAAAAGGCGAGGUUAUGGGUGUCAGCGCAGGACUGAAUCUCCUUGGGUCGAGCUCGCGCGCAUCUAGUGACGAUACCGAGAGCGAAGAGGCUGCAAUCAUGGCUUCUAGCGGGGGAGAGCGGGAUGUCUGGGACGAGAUGGUGGUAGCGUAUGCAGUAUGCGGACAAGGCGCCCGCGCUGUUGAGCUCGUUGAGAGGAUGAUAGAUGGUCGAGAUGGCGCCCCUAAACCAACUGGCGCUACUUUCUCUCGUAUGAUCAAGGCGUUUUGCGAUUCCGGAGACGUAGGGACGGCUUAUGCUUGGUUUGAGCGUCUGCGUGCCAUGGGUGGCGCAUAUACUCCCAAUCUUUUUGCUUGGGCGCAUAUUAUAACCGCACUCGGCACGGGCGGUUAUGUUCGUGAAAUGAACGCCCUUGUCUCAAGCCUGGUUGGAGAUGUGUCUCCCACUGCGUACAAAGUGAGGCACGCUCAAGCCCGAGUCAUCGUAGAUGCAAAUAUGGUCACAAUUGAGCGCGGUGCCGCUCGAUUCCGCGCGGCCCGUUCAUCCCCAUCGAAUGCAGCUCAAUCUGCUCCCUCGAACUCGAAGCGCCCCAACCAUGCUGCCGACAUGGCCGUCACCGAGCCUGAGCGUCAGGCAAUUCUCGCCUCUGAAUCGGUUGAGUUCUUGUUCGAAACGAUACUGCCGCACCUCCCCGCGCUUUCGCACGGCCAUCAAUCCGGUAUCCUCAGGGAACUCGCCCAACGCCUCGUCGGACCGGGGACAAUCGGAGUCGUAUCCGACGACCGGGCGGUGAAUUUGGUCGUAGACCGAGCUCAGGCGGAGGUCGCCGCAGUUAAAGUAGCAGCCACAGGCGUGUUUGGAGAUCAACCCCAACAAAGUGUGUCUUACCAUCCCAACCAACCCGAGGACGUCAUGGCGAUCACCUCACGCGCUGCCGGUGCGGCGGUUCACGAACUCUUGACUGCGCUGUAUGCGGCUCGAAGGUUAGAGCUUGGCCAGCACGUGCGCUUGGCAAAGGCUUGGUGCGAGGUUACGGCUGGUGUGCCACAUCAUCUCCCGGCGCGCGGGAUCGUCGAUACUCUCUCCGGCUCCCAGAUCGAGUUGUCCGAAGAAGACUGGAAGCUCAUCGCCGAUGCAUUCGCAACAAGUUUACUGAACGAGGUCCCUGUCUCUGAUGCUGCCCUCGCUGCCCUCUCCAAGGGGCCUGUGCAUGCCAUGAACUGGAAGGACGUCGCCCGUGGUGCGGUCCAUGUACUCGGCCCUGAGCGAGCGCGCGCAGCUAUGGCCGAAAUGGGCCCCGAAGUCGUCGCAUUUAUCGAUUCGCUCGUAACACCUAGUCCGGUUGAAACUGGCUCGGUUGUUGGGUCCCCCGAGACUGGGUUCACGUCGGCCGAAGAGGAAACCGCCUAUCCUCGACCCGCAUAUAGUCCACAGGAGCAGUACCCACCCUUGCAGCCAUACCACAUCGACCCCCUUCAAAGCAAAUUCAUCGAUGAAUACAGUCUUCCUCGUGCAACCGUCACUCCUCUCGAUGCUUUUGCACGCUUCCAAGCCGGGAUGCACAUCGGACGACUUCCUGCCCCUGAGACAAUCGGACGGUUGAUCAACGCGCUCGGCCGACUCGGUGCAGUGGACAAGGUCCAAUUCUUAUAUUCAGCUGCACAACACGCGCUUUCAUGUUUGGAAAACGAAAAGGCAUGGCAAGCACAGGCCUGGUUCCAGAUUGAAGAUCAGAUGGUCAUUGCGCUCGCACAUGCUGAACGACCCGAAGCUGCGGCGAUUCACAAGUCGAGGAUCAUCGCUCAGGGUGGCUCUCCUUCGGCCGAUGCCUAUGGCGCUCUUAUUGCCGGGAUCAAGAACACCACCGACGAUGCACAUGUCGCCCGCGAACUAUUCGAAGAGGCACGGAAACUUGGUGUCCCCGCCAACAUCUUCUUGUACAACACCGUCAUCAGCAAGGCUGCUCGUGCACGCAAGGCCGAGUAUGCACUCGAGUUGUUCCACGAGAUGCGUGCGGCUGGGUUGCGCCCUACAAGUGUCACGUAUGGUGCCAUCAUUGGUGCCUGUUGCCGUGUUGGCGAUGCGGAGACAGCCUCGUACCUGUUUGCAGAGAUGUCGUCGAUGCCCAACUUCAAGCCGAGGGUUCCGCCUUACAACACCAUGAUGCAAUUCUUUGUUCACACCAAGCCGAACCGCGAACGAUGCUUGGACUACUACCAGGCGAUGCUCGAUGCUAGAGUACGCCCUAGUUCCCACACAUACAAGUUGUUGCUUGAUUGCUACGGUACGAUCGAGCCCGUCGACCUCAAUUCGAUGGAAGAUGUCUUCAAGCGCCUUCAACAAGACCGCUCAGUAUCUGUGCAAGGCGCCCAUUGGGCUGCUCUCAUCAAUGCGUAUGGUUGCGCCGCACAUGAUCUCGACCGUGCCCUCGCCAAAUUUGACAACAUUCCUGCACAUGCUCAGCCCGAUGCCGUCGCCUACGAGGCCUUGUUCAACGUCAUUGUUAUGCACCACCGAGUCGACCUUGUUCCACAAUACCUCGAACGCAUGAACAAUGCUGGUGUGCAUAUGACAGCGUAUAUCGCCAACUUGCUCAUCAAGGGCUAUGCGACCGCUGGACACUUGGAGCGUGCGCGUGGAGUGUUUGAUUCUAUGAUCGAUCCUCCUGUUGGCCUUGCAGCGGUGCACAACCAUCCUGGCCAUAGCGGACAAGACGGAAUCAAGCAUGACGUCCCUGUCCCAGUUGGCGCUCCAGUUUACAGAGAGCCUUCGACCUGGGAGGCUAUGGUUCGGGCCGAGCUUGGUGCUGGCCAGAAGGAACGGGCGGUGGUACUCCUGGAUAGGAUGGAGGAUAGGCGAGUAGACUUAUCUCUGAUGUCUGAGAAUCGGCAGCUAACUGGUUAUUCAGAAUGUUCCCUAUUGCUGUUACUUCACGCAUUCGUAGCAUCAUGGGCGACGACGGCUCGCUUGUUGAGCCACAACCUUCAUCGCCCGCUUAAACAAAAGUUCUUCGAUAAUUUUUCCCUUACUUCGUUUCGUGCAUUGAAGAUCUCCAGUGAUGUUUGA